GAGGACCGCAACGUCUGGGUAAAUUACCGGGACCCCAUUCGUAUUUGACGGAUGAUCCAACUACUCCGAAAAGGGAUUGGUCAAUGGGCCAAAGAAAUCCACUAAGCUGCGAUGAUAUGCACCGUACCCUCUCACGAGUGCAUAGAAACACACCAGCACCCCACGCUCAUUCACAACCCCCCCAACCGUUGACCCCAAGGAUCACCUUUACUCAUAUAAUCAUUAGCUAUGCCACGGGCACCUCGCCGUUCAGUAGCAUUUGCUUCGACACCACAUUUCGACGGAAGCUUACCCACCUCCUCUUCAUCUGCACAGUCCACUUCCUCCCCCUAUCCACAGACGACGCAAACUCCACAUCCCUCUUCUCGUACCCUCCUCCAGGGUCAGGAUAGAAACCGUCAGCACAGAAGGAGCGGAACCCAUCCACAAGGCAAUAGACAAGACCACUACCAGAGCCAAAGUCAGGGUCAGAGUCAGGGUCAGAGUCAGGGUCAGAGUCAGGGUCAGAGUUACCACCAGAGGAGCAGUGACAGUGACGAUUACAGCCUUCCCGAUAUAGACGAAGAUGAGGACGACCAGGAUGAAGACUCAGAAGCCGUGAUCAUGGCAAUUGAUUACAAGAGCCGGAAAAUUGGUUGUGCAUUUUACUCAAUAGCGGAUCAGAGGCUGAGCUUGAUGGAAGAUAUUGAACUGCCUACUUCCGAAUGUUUGGAAGCUCGUGAGUUACGACCCCUUGAGGAUUCAACUAUGUACUGAUAGGGAGACAGUUAAGUUCCAAAUCAAGCCUACCGUUUUGCUAAUUGCUUCCCGGUUUAACGAGACUCUGGAGAAGACCCUGAAUCCCGAGUAUAAAGGUAUCUAUUAUUGAUUCCUACGCCACAAAGAUACUAAUACCAAGGGAAGAUGAACAUGCGACUCCGUAUCACAUCUCCAUUCGCCCCACUGGAGAAUUUUCCUACGAGGCAGCAAGGAAUAAACUAAGCUCCAUAAAAAUCGGGCAAGCGGACGGUCCAAUUCUAACUCUCCAGACUCCAGGCGAUAUUCACGACAUAGCCACGGACCAGCAAAGACGUGGAAAUUUGCUCCGGCUUGCUGGCUGGGUUAACGUUGAUAGCAGAACUAGCGUUGGAUGUUCUGGAGCUGUUUUGACGUAUUUACAGAGGAAACAGGCAGCCACAUCGCUGACUGAUAAAGCGGUUGCCGUGGCAAAUAUCGAGAUGUGGAGCAUGAAUGACACUAUGUGAGCAAUGAUGAUCCUUAAGCUUUUCCUCGGGGGCGUGGGCUGCUAACAGAUUUAGGUUUGUCAACGCCGAUACCAUAUGCGCUCUUCAGAUAUUUGAGGACGAGUCUCACCCGAACUUCCUAAUGCAAGGCCCUCAGGGGCGGGGGAAGGAAGGGCUCUCACUCUUCGGUACGAUACCUAAACUCUACCGGAAGGGUGGUAUUUCCCAAUUACCCCUAACCCGCCCAUUAGGAAUAAUGAACUUGACACGCUCCCCCUUAGGGCAUACUAUGCUGAAGCAAUGGUUCCUACGGCCGUCGCUCUCUAUAGAAGUUAUUAACGAACGGCAGGACACUAUUUCAGCUUUUUUAAGGCCUGACAUAUCUCACAUGAUACAGGUGAUUGGCAAGAGCCUACGAAGGAUUAAGAACAUUCCAAAGAUACUCGCUAGUUUGAGAAAAGGUCCGGGCCGAGAAGGUCGGAGUGGGGAAUGGAGCGCUCUGCAACAAUUUUGUUUUUACGCGCUAAGGAUCAAGACCUGUUUAGAGGAGAUGAACGGAAUCGGGGAAUUGCCAAUAUUCAAGAAGGUCGGUCACUUGAAGAGCCCCACAGAACGCCCCUCACUUAUACCCUCAAGGUCACCGAAAAAUUUAAUGUACCUUCUCUCCAAGAGGUUGGACAACUGAUCACUGAAACCAUUGACUUUGAGGAAUCGGUCGCUCUGCAUCGUGUAGUAUUGCAGCGAAACAUAGACGAAGAGCUGGACGAAAUGAAGCAACUGUACGAUGGCCUGGGAGAUAUGCUAGGCACAGUCGCCAGAGACAUUGCAAGAGACGUGCCACCCGACGUUGCAACAUCCUUGAACGUUAUAUUCUUUCCACAAAUUGGAUACCUUGUUGUCAUCCCUGCUCAGGGAAGUGAAAACACCACAUACGGGUUACCGGACGACAGUUUGGGAGGGCCUGCAUACGCCCAAGAGGGAUGGGACCUCCAGUUCUGCACCGAGACCAAUUGGUAUUAUAAGAACCCACAAAUGAGAGAUCUAGAUGGCUACUUUGGAGAUUUGUAUGGACGCGUGUGUGGUAAGCUUUGGCGAGACCAAAUCUUCAGUUUUUCUCGAGUGAUAUUUAAUGAUUUAAAGACAGAGAAAUCGAACUGGUCCAUGCUAUGAAAUGCCGAGUGCUACAACAUGAUGCAGCUCUUGCCGGCUGCGUCACGGUCUGCGCAGAACUCGAUUGGUGGGUUAAGGCAAAUCAGAAAGCCCAUAGAUAGGUUGACAAAAUGAGUAUGGCAGUCUUUUAGCUAUGACCGAAGCCGCGGAAAGGUAUAAAUUUACACGUCCAGCUAUGGUCACGGACAACCUGAUCGAUAUCAAAGGGGGCCGGUCAGUCCCACCCCGGCCAGAUACGCCAGAACAGAGAGCGGCUAAGGAAGUAAUAUAGGCAUCCGCUACAAGAACUUUGCGUCUCCGCAUAUAUUGAGAAUGAUACAUUCAUUGUUGGGGGAGAAGGGGGACCGGAGGAAAUGACAGCUGAUGCACUCGACAGUGAAGCUUCGGACCGUGUAGAAACGUCAAGAGCCGGUAGCUCUAACGGCAAUGGAGAGAAUGUGCCCAGCAUGGUGCUCCUUACUGGCCCUAACUACUCGGGGAAGAGUGUUUAUCUGAAGCAAGUUGCGCUAAUUGUUUACAUGGCCCACAUCGGCAGUUUUGUGCCGGCGAAUGAUGCUGUUAUUGGCUUGACGGACAAGAUAUUGACUAGGAUACAGACAAGAGAAAGUGUCUCCAAGGCAUGAAGCGCAUUGGGCAUACAUUUGGCUGUGAAAAGCUAAUUCCUUCGAAGACUCAAAGCGCGUUUAUGAUUGAUCUCCAACAAAUAGCCAGUUCGCUAAGGCUUGCAACGAGACGAAGCCUGUUGGUCAUUGACGAGUUUGGGAAGGGCACAGAUUCGAGCGGUUGGUCUCGUUUCUUUCAGCCGUAGGUCAUUCUAACAGUUUUACAUAGAUGGGGCGGGGUUGGCCUGUAGUGUAUUUGAAAAUCUCCUCAGUCGCGGUAAAGACCGGCCCAAAGUUAUAUCCGCUACUCAUUAUCAUGGCAAGUAAUCCAGUCAUACCUCUUUAAGAGAUUGCUAAGGUUUCUCCCUCAGAAAUUCUCGAGAACGAUAUGCUCGCAGAUCAUACUCAUCUCCAAUUUGCGCAGAUGAAAAUACUCUUGGAUCACAGAGCUGUGGAGCCAGAAGAUCAGAUUACUUAUUUGUAUAAAUUGGAGAUGGGCCGCAGCACCAGUAGCUUCGGAACUGUGUUAGUCACCCUGCUCCAGCUGAACUAGGAAUCACGGGGUUAAUUAGGUGGACAGCUGCGCAGCGCUCAACGGGAUUCACCCAGCAAUCGUGUCGAGAGCCGAAGACUUGAUUCUGAUGAUAGCAAGAGGGGAAGAUCUAGUGGGAGCCUGCGAGAUACUAAGCGCAGGAGAGAGAAAGGAACUCGAAGAGGCUGUGAUUAGCCAUGCUCCCGUUUCCACAAGCUCGUUCUAACAGCCACGACACACAGGAAGCGGUAGCAAGGGCAUUUGUGAAGGAGGACUUUGACGACGACAGCGAAGAUGAAGACGCCGAGGAGCCGGACAGCAAGACCAGCGAAGUAAGAGAAACAGCAAGAAUAAAACUAGCGAGGAUUUUGCAACAAGUCACUACUUUAGAAGACUACAUGUCGUAGAAAAGCCAGCUUAGCUAUGAAUGUUUCCCACGAAAUGGGCCCAGCGAUACAAAUAUAGGUUUUAUGAGGGAAACUAUAGAUUAUUAAUUUUUUUUGCAAAGCAUGAAAUUAUGCUACCUAU